UCCUACAGUUACUCUACCAUUGCUUGGGCUGCUUCUCUGCACAAGGGUGUGCAACCGCAUGUCGAAUAUGGAUACAAAGCUAAGACAACAGUAGGAACAGUUUUUAACUUCUUCAGUGCCUUGGGUGAAGUGGCUUUUGCCUAUGCGGGUCACAAUGUGGUCUUGGAGAUUCAAGCAACAAUCCCUUCUACACCUGAAAAGCCUUCCAAGGGCCCUAUGUGGAGGGGAGUGAUAGUUGCCUACAUAGUUGUGGCCUUGUGCUACUUCCCCGUCUCUCUAAUUGGAUAUUGGGUAUUUGGGAACAAAGUUGAUGACGACAUCCUCAUCACAUUAGAGAAACCUGCUUGGCUCAUUGCCAUGGCUAACUUGUUUGUCGUUAUUCAUGUUAUUGGAAGUUAUCACAUUUAUGCAAUGCCAGUGUUUGACAUGAUAGAAACCGCUCUCGUAAAAAAAUUGCAUUUCAAGCCAACCAUGAUGCUUCGCUUUAUUACACGAAAUAUAUAUGUUGCAUUGACAAUGUUUGUUGCCAUUACCUUCCCUUUCUUUAGUGGUCUUCUAGGAUUCUUUGGAGGAUUUGCAUUUGCCCCAACAACAUACUUUCUGCCUUGCGUCAUGUGGCUUGCCAGCAAGAAACCAGAGAAGUUUAGCUUGUCUUGGCUUAUUAACUGGGUAUGA